AUGUCCACAAAGAAGGAUGUCGAAUUAAGGUCUGAGAGCAGUAUGUCCGAAAAAUUAGAGACAACCUCUCAAAGUCAAAAGCCCCUUUUGCUAAAUUACAUACUAUGCCAACUCGAAAACAAGCCGAAACCGGCGUCCAUUAAAGACUUUGAAAGCUGGGAACAGCUGGCCAAUUUUUACAAUCCCAAUUGGAGAGCGCAAGCAUUAUGCACAUUUAUUGUUGACCACAAGAGAGCCAACAGCUCUCUAACGAAUCGGUUAGCCAAUACUCCUUGA